GUUCCUCCGCUAGUGUUCCUGUUAUUCCUUCAUCUGAUCUUCCGACGGUCGAGGAAGUGAGAGGAUUUAAUGCCGAAGAACUUAAUGGCUUUUUGAAAAGGAGGUUAAACGGCAUCGAUAAUCACAUAGAUACCUUAACUGUUCAAGAAGUUGAUGGUUCAACAUUCCUUGAUUUUACUGCGACAGACUUUGAAAGAUGGGGAAUACCAGGCGGUCCAUCUAAAAGAAUCGAAAAGUUAAUUAAAAACGUACAAGGAG